GUCUCGCCGCCCGCAUUUGGGUAGGUAGUUGUUGUUCCCCUGUCCCUGCGCCUGCGUCUCCCCUUCGUCUCACCACCCACCACCACCUCGCCGGGAACCCUCGCCGGAGCAAGCUUCCGGCGAAGAACUCCGGCGGGCACACACACGGGGGCGGAGCAGGGGGCGGGGGCGUGCACCGGAAUGGGGGGCACCGGCCGGGGGCAGGCCGUCGUCGUCGCUGCCGCUGGUGCGUCUCUCUAGGGUUAGGUAGGUGUUGUAGCUUUCUCCUUCCGUCGCCCGUCGGCGGGACUCCUCGGUCCCGGCGUCGCAUUGGGCUCCGGGGGCGCCGGUCGGGUCGCGUGAUCCCGCCGUGCUCGAGCUCGGAGAGGGGGCUGUCGCGGGGCAUGGGGGCAUCUGCUACGCCUGGUGCUGCCGCUUGCAAAUUUUGCCGGAGUUUGUGGCUUUGAAGAGGAGGAGGUGGCAGCGGGCGCCGAUCUGGAUGCCAUCUCAAGGCAUGGAUCAGAGGCGCUACCUCUCCCAGUUCAGCAACCCCACUGUGGCGGCAUCCUUCUCUGAGGAGCUUCGCCUCCCCACAGAGAGGCAGGUUGGAUUUUGGAAGCCGGAAUUGUUGCCUCAUCGCAUUGGAAGCAUGUCAGUUGCAUCUUCUCCACUUGAAAAGCCCCAACCUAUUGGGACAAAAACUGUGGGUCCACUGAGGGACCAGAAGACUGCAUUUAGCCUUGAGCACAAGCUGUUUGGUCAAGAGAGACAUGUUAACUUGUCACCAUCUCCGUGGAGAGCUGACCAAGAUCCUAACUACCAAUCUGAUUCAUCUCUAAAGGCGGAAGCUUUAUUUCCUGACAGGAGGAGGACUAAUCCAAAUGAGGCCUUCAAUGAGAAUGGCCUUUUCUCAAGCUCCCUUUCAGAAAUUUUUGACAAGAAUUUGAGACUGGCAUCCAAGAAUGUCCUUGUCCGUCAACCAGUUGAAAAGGUUGAUCUAAAUCAUGUUGAUGAUGAGCCAUUUGAGUUGACUGAGGAAAUCGAGGCCCAAAUAAUAGGAAACCUACUUCCUGAUGAUGAUGAUCUGUUAUCAGGUGUUCUUGAUGAAGUUGGGCACACAGCCCAUGCUAGCAAGGGUGAUGAUGUUGAUGAUGAUAUAUUCUACACUGGGGGCGGGAUGGAACUGGAAACUGAAGAAAAUAAAAAAUUGACAGAACUUAACGGUGGAUCUAAUGAUGGGCUUGGGUUGCUAAAUGGCACAUUGAAUGGUGAGCAUCCAUAUGGGGAACACCCUUCCAGAACCCUUUUUGUCCGGAACAUUAAUAGCAAUGUCGAGGAUUCUGAAUUGAAGCUCCUAUUUGAGCAUUACGGAGAAAUCAGCAGCCUUUACACUGCCUGUAAACAUCGUGGUUUUGUGAUGAUAUCUUACUAUGACAUAAGGUCAGCACGAAAUGCCAUGAGAGCACUUCAAAACAAGCCACUCAGACGUAGAAAACUUGACAUACAUUACUCCAUUCCAAAGGACAAUCCUUCGGAGAAGGAUAUUAACCAGGGAAUGCUUGUAGUAUUUAAUGUUGACCCAUGUAUAACAAAUGAUGAUCUCCAUCAGAUAUUUAAUGACUAUGGUGAAAUCAAGGAGAUUCAGGAUACUCCACAAAAGGGUAAUCACAAAAUUAUAGAAUUUUAUGACGUGAGAGCAGCCGAAGCUGCAGUUCGCGCUUUAAAUAGGAGUGACCUUGCUGGCAAGAAAAUAAAAUUGGAGACCAGCCGUCUGGGUGGUACUAGACGCUUAAUGCAGCAUAUGUCUCCAGAGUUGGGGCAGGAAGAGUUUGGUGUAUGCAAACUGGGGAGUCCAAGCACAAAUAGUCCUCCAAUGCCUUCAUUUGGUUCAUCUAAUAUGGCAACAAUCACAUCUUCUGGCCUCGAAAAUGGGAGCAUUCAGGGUUUGCAUUCUGGACUUCACACAUCUAUGAGCCUGUUCAGAGAGGCGCCUUUUCCGGGCCUAUCCUCCACCAUACCACAAAGUUUGUCCUCUCCCAUUGGAAUUGCAUCUGCUGCAACUCAUAGUAAUCAGGCUCCCCUGGGUGAGCUCAGUCACUCACUCGGUCGGAUGAAUGAACAUAUGAAUUAUGGUUUUCAAGGCAUGGGUGCUCUCCAUCCUCAUUCCCUGCCUGAUGUUCACAAUGGAACAACUAAUGGUGUCCCUUACAAUUUAAACACCAUGGCACCAGUUGGCAUUAAUAGCAACUCAAGAACAGCUGAAGCAGUGGACAGCAGACAUCUCCAUAAUGUAGGUUCUGGCAACCUCAAUGGACAUUCAUUUGAUCGUGCCGGUGAAGGAGCUCAUGGAUUUUCAAGAAGUGGAAGCGGCCCUCUCCGUGGUCACCAGUUAAUGUGGAAUAAUACAAAUAACUUCCACCGUCCUCUCAAUUCUCCUGUGCUGUGGCAUAGUCCAGGAUCAUAUGUAAACAAUGUUCCGUCUCGCCCCCUUGCUCAAAUGCAUGGAGUUCCAAGAGCACCAUCGCACAUGCCCGAGAAUGUUCUUCCCAUGCACCAUCAUCAUGUGGGCUCUGCACCAGCAAUCAAUCCGUCACUUUGGGAUAUGCGGCAUGGCUAUGCAGGAGAAUUGACAGAAGCACCAAAUUUUCAUCCUGGCAGUGUUGGGAGCAUGGGAUUCCCUGGUAGUCCUCAGCUUCAUGCAGUGGAGCUAAAUAACAUAUUUUCUCAUACUGGUGGGAAUCGUAUGGAUUCAACUGUGUCUCCAGGUCAGAUUGGCGCACCAUCUCCUCAGCAGAGGGGUUCUAUGUUCCAUGGAAGGAAUCCUAUGGUUCCCCUUCCAUCAUUUGAUUCACCUGGUGAGCGGAUGAGAAGCCGGAGAAAUGACUCAAGUGCUAAUCAGUCUGAUAAUAAAAAGCAGUAUGAGCUUGAUAUCGAGCGUAUUAUGCGGGGGGAUGACUCCCGAACUACACUAAUGAUAAAGAAUAUCCCCAACAAGUACACCUCAAAGAUGCUUUUGGCUUCUAUUGAUGAAAGUCAUAAGGGAACUUAUGAUUUUAUUUACUUGCCAAUUGACUUUAAGAAUAAAUGUAAUGUUGGCUAUGCUUUCAUUAAUAUGACCAAUCCUCAUCAUAUCAUUCCAUUUUAUCAGACUUUCAAUGGUAAAAAGUGGGAGAAAUUUAACAGUGAGAAGGUGGCAUCACUCGCUUAUGCCAGAAUCCAAGGGAAAGCAGCCCUGAUUGCUCAUUUCCAGAACUCUAGUUUGAUGAAUGAGGACAAGCGCUGCCGCCCCAUACUCUUUCACUCAGAUGGUCCUAAUGCAGGAGACCAGGAACCGUUCCCUAUGGGUACAAACAUCCGAGCCAGGUCAGGGAGAUCCCGGACUUCCUCUGGUGAAGAAAAUCACCAUGACAUCCAGAUAACCUUGACCAAUUGCGUCACUUCUUCCACUGGAGUUGACACUUCAGUUCCCACCAAGGACACUGAGUAACUGGACCGCUACUUGCCGGAUUGCUAACCACAAAGGCCCAAGCUAUAACUUUUUGCAACCCCAUUUCCAUUCCCUAAUUUUCCCCUUUCUUGAUUUUGGUUUCGUUGGUAUGUCCCCCGAUCUGUAUUUAGUAACUUCUGUGAUGCGGGUCACUGAAUACUUGGAUUGCUUCAAAAUUUUGUCUCUGGUGGGAAACACGGCGAGAGGGUGCUACCGGUUUCCCCAGAAGCUAUAUGCUUGUUAACCUGAAGGCUGAGAAAGGUGAAAGGCGCAGGGAGAGCUUCCAGAUUUUGGUCGCUGUAAGAAUUAACCCCAUGUUGUACAGCAGUUCCCAGUAACCGUGCUG